GCGUUGUCAACGGUGAAUGCGCUGAAGUGUGGUCCUGUCACUUCCACCGUGUUCAAAACAUUGGAAAGACCUCGGCGAGCAUGCGCACAGUACAGUGUUUUACUUUCAUUCACACACAAAGCUACAGAAUAUCAGGUUGUUUCUUGAUGAUUAACGCCGUGCCAACAUUUUUGCAUUAUUCUUAGUCCUCGCUUUUGGUGAUUGACGUUUAAAGGUUUAAGAGAGCACAAAGCCAUACAAUGAAGAAACGUUAUGUGGACGCUAACAGGCUACGGAAAAUGAAAAAGACGAAAAUCACCGAGAGGAUUUCUGAAAGUGCUUAUACAUUUCUGAAGUUUGUCAUGGUAUGGAUCCUGGUUCUCUUGGCAGAUUUUAUUCUUGAGUUCAGAUUUGAAUAUCUUUGGCCAUGCUGGCUCUUCUUUGGAAGUGUUUACACUACUUUUCAUUGCCAUGGAUUGGUUAUUUGCGUGGUUUUUGUGUGUGCUGCAUUUACUCUUGACAUAUUCUGUCUAAUUUUUGUACCUCUGCACUGGCUGUUCCUAGCCGCAAGCACAUAUGUUUUAUUCAACUACAUAUGGCACACAGAGAAAGGACUGUGUAUGUCCACAAUAUCUCUCUGGAUUCUGCUGGUAUACACCGAGGCAUCACUCAGGUUCAAAGACCUGAGAAGCUCUCAUAUCAACCUGUCUCAUCUUUUUGCUGCACAUUGUAUUGGUUACCCAAUAGUGUAUUUGGGAUUUGAUGCAACCUGCUACCUCAGCAGCAUCUUCAAACUGCGCACGCAGAAAGCAGUCCGCACCGAGAAUGACUUUCAUAUGCGGCUGCUGGAGCAGUCUCUACCUCCCGGAGUGCAGUACUACCCCAAAUGCGUGACAGACAGCAAGGAAAAUAACAAGUGGAAGGCAAAGCCAGAAUCCACACAGUACCAGUGUCAAAACGGGGCCGCCUCUGCAGAGGACAAAUACCUCGUUGACUGCCUUCAGAUUGACGGGGCUCAGAAGAGGGUUGACAGGGACUUGGAGGACGUUAGGGCGGGCGCCCCGAAUUCCUUGCCUCCAGAACCGAAAGCCUCGGAGGGCGAAUCCAGAGAGGGCGCGCGGGGGCGUGGGACGGGGCUGUCUGACCCCCUGGGGGCCCUGGAGAGCCUGAUGCAGGAGGAGCAGGGAGCCAAAACCCCCAAAACCUCCAAGGUGUCCUCGCCCAAAGCGCGCAGGACCUCCAGCAGUGCCGUGCCUUCUGUCAAAGGGGACAAGAAGCAGAAGAGUGGCACCAAAACUGUCAGUCCGAACAGAGACACGCCCGAGAGGAGCCCCUCUGCCAAUCAGAACAGCUACUCCGACCAAAUCGCCAAGAUGGAGCAGGAGCUGCGCAGGCUGAAGGGGGAGCUGCAGGUGAGCAAGCAGAGUGAGCAGGAGCUGCGCAGUCACGUCUGCAACCUCACCAACAGCGAGAGGAGCCUGCGCCCGGAGGUGUCCCUGCUCCGACAGGCGAACGACCUGCUGCAAAACAAGAUUCUGUGUCUGAUGAAGAGUAAGCAGAAGGACAGACAGACGAGUGCACUCCUGGAGAAGAAGAUGAAAGCGGAGACAGAGGCUCGGGCUGCUGUCGAGAAACAGCUCACAGAACUCCAGUCCCGUAAAUUAGACGAGGCUUCUUUGCUGCCUCACAAUGCUCUUUCAACAAGCAGGCAGGAACACUCAGAGACCCAAACGUUAAAGAAAAAAGCUAAAGAGCUAGAGACAGAAUACAAACAACUUCAACUGGAGUUUCAAAGGAAAGAGGGUCAAACAAUAGCGCUAGAGAAUGAAGUGGAGAUGCUCCGUAAAUACAAGGGCGUGGAGCAGGAUGCUGACAUGCUGCUCUCAGCGCUCUCCGCAAUGCAGGACAAGACUCAGCACCUGGAGUACAACCUGAGCGCCGAAACGCGGAUCAAACUGGACCUGUUUUCCGCACUGGGAGACGCUCGCAGGCAGUUAGAGAUUGCUCAAGGAAAACUAAUCAAACAGGAUCAAGAGAUUGGAGAGAUGAAACAGAAGAUCGCGGAGGUCAUGGCUGUUAUGCCUGGUAUAUCAUACACGGUCCCUCACCCCAUAGUGCCCCAGUAUCUGACAAAGUUCCUCAACUCAGACAAUUACAGGCUUGAUCCCAGUGCGUUAAUGUACCAAUGUCUUAAGAAGUAGAAACACUAUGGAGUUUAAAAAAAAAAUGAAAUGAUGCAAGCCUUUUUUUGAUGACACACACAGAACAUAUUUGCCUAGAGUCUUUGAACUUGUCAGAUUGUGGGGCAUUCCCGCCUCGAAGACACCUGACAACAUGAAAGUCUUCUCCAGUGUGGUGCUGGGAUACAGCUAAUAACACUCCUGUUUGCAAAAUCCCAGCUUCCUAAAUCUGGUACUAAAGUUUAGUGGUUCUAACAAAUGAAGGGUAGAAAAAAUCAAGACCCUGCUUGGAGAUCAUCACGGAGAUACACAUGUGACAUGUAAUAUCUAACUAGUCCCAGAGCCAAAUUACAACAUGGCGUUACAUCUUUUAUUGAA